CGGCGUGUUCUCCAUGCCCAUGCCUAGCAGCCUGGGCUGGUUGACGUUGUGACGCAAGUCCACUUUUCGGGAGUAAUAUCAAUUUCUUUGUUUGUUCCGUACGCCAUACAUGUGCACUUACUUCACUUACCACGCUCUCUAUCAUUAAUUCCUUGUCCACGAAGAGCACACCAGCUGCCUAUUUUUGCAGCGCUGCAGGCUGUCGUGCUAUCCUUUUAAACCCGAUUUCUCCUGAUCCUGCCCGCUAGACGGAACUGCGACAUCCUCUCGGCCGCCUUAAUCCAAACCCCACCAACUGCGAAGUCGCCAGUCACUACACGUACACACCAAUACCAAACGGUCCUGGUUUUCAACACGCGGGAGUCUCCCGCACUGCGCUCACUACAAUGGCUACUCCCGGCGCUCAGGAUGUCUUCACGCCGGACAACAUCCUCCAGGCGAUGUCGACAAUGCGCAGCCCUGACCGGGAGAAGAAGAAGGUGGCGAUGGAGUACCUGGACAAGUUUCAGAAAUCGAUGGAUGCUUGGAACGUUACCAUCGGUAUCCUCCAGUCGAGCACCGAUGCCGAAGCCCUGAACUUUGCUGCCAUCACUCUUAAGGGAAAGAUCACCUACGAUCUUUCUACACAGGUCGCUGAGGGCGACCUUCCGGCUUUGAGGGGCCAGAUUCUAUUACUUCUUAAAAAGUUUGCGCCUGGCCCUAAGCCCGUCAGGGUCCAACUAUGCGUCUGUUUGGCAAUUUUGGCGAUCCACAUGAAGGAUUGGAAGGACGUUUUGCAGGACGUUGGUAUGGCCCUCGGGAACGACCCGCAGAGCCACGCUUGUGUUUUGGAUUUUCUGAAAGUGCUGCCCGAGGAGGUCACCGAAGGCCGCAAAAUCACCCUGUCUGAAGAGGAGCUGGCUCAGAGGACAACCGAGCUGCUAGGCAACAACGCUCAGCGCGUUGUUCAGAUGCUCAUCGACUAUGCGACGUCAUCAGCGGAGGCGGAGCAAAAUCCUCAAUUGAUGGAGUGUAUCACAUCUUGGCUCAAAGAGGUUCCUGUCAACGUCGUCGUGAAGACUCCACUCCUCGACGUUGUGCUCAAGGCCGUCCACAACGAACAAUCUACAGAACCGGCCGCAGAAUGCCUCAGCACUAUCUGUAGGGAAACACGCGAUAUCGACGACAACGCCGAGACGAUACAGAUUUUGCUUCCGAAACUCACAGCACUCCAGCCUUUGAUCGAGAAAGCAGUCACAAACGAAGACACGGAGUCUUACAAGGCCCUGACGAAACUCUUUGCCGACGCAGGCGAUGCGUGGGUUAUUGCGAUUGCCCGAGAGCCACAAAUUUUCAUGCCGCUCGUCCAGAUUCUUCUUGAGUGUUGCGCUAGGGACAAAGAAAGAGAUGUGAUUGAGUAUACCUUCAACUUUUGGUAUGAACUGAAGCAGUACAUCACCCUGGAGAGGUACACUGCGGCCCUGAAUCACCUCAGACCAAUUUACUCUGCUCUCGUCGACGUCCUUCUCAAGCACCUACAGUUCCCUCAAUCGGAAACCGGCAACGAGUUAGACCUUUUCGAUGGCGACCGUGAGGUUGAAGAAAAGUUCCGUGAGUUUCGCCAUCGCAUGGGUGACACCCUCAAAGACUCUUGCGAGGUUUUAGGUGUCAAGGUAUGCCUCACCAAGGUUCUGGACGCGAUCAAGCUGUGGAGCAGCAACUAUGGCAGCACAGUCAACGGGACAAACGUGCCGCAUUGGCAAGAACUGGAGGCGCCGCUCUUCGCCAUGCGUGCCAUGGGUGGAAUGGUCCCUGAGAGCGAAACCGAUGUCCUUCCAGAGCUCAUGGCGCUACUCUUCCAAAUUCCUGCUCACGAGAAGCUCCGCUUUGCCGCAAUUAUGGUCUUCUCUAGAUACACCGAGUGGACAGCAGCACACAAGGAAUUUUUGGAGCCACAGUUCAACUACAUCGUCACAUCGUUCUCGACUGAUUCCAAGGAGAUCAUUCGGGCUGCUGCUCAGGCGAUCAAGUUUUUCUGCACAGAUUGCAAGGACCUGCUGAGCGACCAAGUCCUCCAGCUUCAGGCAUUUUACGACCAAAUUCUUGACAAGCUUCCUGAGCUUAGCCAGGAGGAGAUCACGGAAGGUGUGGCCAACGUAGUGGCAGCCCAAAAGACAGAGGACAUUUACAACCUUCUCAAGCUUUACUGUGACCCUCUUAUGGCGCGGCUCAUGGCAAAGGCUCAGAACGCAACCACUCAGGAAGGGAAGUUGGCAGUUGCAGAUCACCUUCAGCUCAUCACACUGUUUGUUCAAAUCGUCAAGCCGUACACGGCAGAUGGACAGGAGAACCCUGCGGUCAAGUAUUGGCAGGAGAAGUUCAGCAUUUUCUCGACAAUCUUGGAGAAUUCCCUCGACUUUGUACCGAUUUGCGAGAGGGUUUGUCGGUGCUGGCGUUUCAUGGUCAUCUCUUUCAGGACUUCAAUGCUUCCAAUCCUCCAGGAAGGACUGGCCGCAAGGCUGGUGGAGGGCUUCACGAGGUCCAGACAGGGCUGCUUCCUGUGGGUGACUGGCGCCAUUCUCCGCGAGUUCUCCGAGGACCGCGAGCACGUGUCAGAUGCUGUCAUGGACUGGAUAUACAGCUUCUUUGACACUCAGGCAAGGAAUGUGCUUCAAGUCAUGAAUGGACUUUCACCCGCCGAGGCGCCAGAUGUCCUCGAGGACUUCUUCCGCCUCCUGACAGAUGCCCUCCUCUAUCAUCACCAGCGCCUGAUCCCAUCAGAGCUCUUCCCGGCAAUUUUCGAAGCGGCGCUCACAUCGUUGACUCUGCAGCAGCGAGAGCCGCUAUCUGCGACGCUGCACUUCCUGCGGGACCUACUUACAUAUGGAGGCGACAACCCGGCGGUCUCUACCAUUCCACCUGGCGAGCCCUCGCAGCACCUGAAGCAUAUCGUCCGCAACCAACUGCAAAUACUCGGAGAAAAGCUCGUUGUGCGGGUGCUCAACGGCAUGCUGCACACUUUCCCCCGCGACUGCUUUGCAGACGGGAGCGGUGUGUUACUGGCAAUGUUCCAGGAGCUGCCCACGCAAACAACAGCGUGGGUGGAACGGGCUAUCAGUACCUUGCCCGCCGGUUCUGUCAGUCCUGCUGAGGCCACACGCAUGAUGACAAAGAUUCAAGAGAAGCUCAGUGGCGAGGAUCAGUCGCAAAUGAGGCAAGUUCGAGCGCUGCUGCAAGAUUUUACGGUCCAAUACCGACGACGAAACAUACAGCAACGCGAUGGGCUGGGCGAGGUGGACGAGGUAUUCAGUUUCAGUGGAUAAGGGUUCCGCCAUCGGUAUCUUGCUGGACUGCAAAAAUUUAAGUCUGUUUAGGCACAAGAGCUUCGCGACGACAGCAGCAGAUCUCAAGCGACCAGCUCAGCUUGAAGCAAGCUCCAGAACCAAAUGGCUCGAACCGGGAUGAGUUAUGAAGAGAGGAUGAGGAUUACUUAAUGAGGCAUAGAUCGACAGGGAUGGGAAGUAUCAAAAGAAACAUGCGUGCCGCAUUCACUUGGGAGGGAAGUUAGACGGAUACAAGCAGCGCAGCGGAAGAGUGUAUACUCCGGGUAGUUGAGGCGAGCGAAUCUUGGCAGUUACUAAGAGGUGGAAAAUAUAGAAGUUGCUGGUACGGAGAUAUGAUAGGUUUGUCGAUAUUUCGAGUCGCUAUGCAAGGUUGCUGAGGGCAGAUACAUCGAGAUAGGGCGCUAGGUGUGGCAGGUGAACAGGCGAAACUCCAUUUUCAUACUGUACCUGAGGAGGCGGGCAGUUAGAAACUGACUUCCAGGACGCGAAAGGACUUCCAGUACGCACAAGCUUGUGGGCAUCAUCAUAAUCGAUAGGAGACCGAGCUGGAUGUCAUAGUUGCUCUUGGACGAAGGGGCUUAAGGGAGCACCAGAGCCAUUAAAACUUUUCUGAGCGAUACUACUCAGUCUUGAAAAGAGCCCGGAAGGAAGACGUGGCCUGAAUAUUAAAGCAUUUUUUUUUCUAAUUUAAAUAUCAG